AUGUCUAGUUAUAACAAUUCAAUAGAUAAAGAAGGUUCAAUAAAAACAAAUGAGAUAUCAUCAGAUGACAAUAAUAUGAAUAAUAUAGAAAUAGAAGAUGUCUCAACAAUAUUAAGAAAUCGUACAAAUCCAAACCCCACAAAAGAAAGAUCAUCAACAAUUGAUUCAACAAAUUCAUCCAUAAUAUCAGAUUCAAGUUAUUCAUCAUCCAUAAUAUCAACUAAUUCAUUAUCAUCAACGACUGCGGAUGGACAACCUAAAAAAAGAAGAAGUAAAAAAAAAAUUAGAAAAAACAAUACAAAAAAGUCAUUAUUAAAUGUUGCACCAUUAAAUACUCCAUUAAAUCAUAGAUUAGAAACUUUGGGAGUAGUAUGGCAUUGUAUAAGUAUUCCUUUUUUUAUAUGUGUUUUUUUGAUAUGUAUAUCAUUAGGUUGGGUAGUUUGGGUAUCAGUAAUUAUACCAUAUUUCAUAUGGUGGUAUGGGUUUGAUUUACAUACUCCAACUAAUGGUAAAGCUUCAUAUAGAGUUCGCAAUUCAAUAAAAAAUUUAAUUAUAUGGGAAUGGUUUGUUAAUUAUUUUCCAAUAAAAGUUUAUAAAACAGUUGAAUUACCACCAACUUUUGAACAAGUUUUAAUUGAUGAUGAAUAUGUUAAUUUGAAUUCAAAAGAUGAAGAAGAUUUAGUAUCUGAAAAUAGUAAGACUUUAUUGGAUAAUAUAUUUAAAGUAUUGGGGUUGAAGAAAAGAUUAAAUAAAAGUGAUGAAAUUAUUUCGGUUAAUGAUAAUAAGCAAAGUAUAGCUGAAUUAAGAGAAGAAGAAGAAGAAGAAGAAGCAGAAGAAGAAGAAAAUUCUCCAUCUGGUAAUAUUACUCAAAAGAAAACAAUAAUAGACCAAGAUAAUGAUGAAAAUUCUUCAAUAACCAAAAUUGAAACUUACAAAACAGUAUCAACAGGUCCAAGAUAUCUUUUUGGUUAUCAUCCUCAUGGUGUUAUAUCAAUGGGAGUAGUUGGAUUAUUUGGUACAAAUGCAUUAAGAAAUGAACCUUAUGAACCAGUAAAUAAAUGGUUAAAACCAUUUUUCCAUGAUCCAUCAAAAUACAAAAGAUUAUUUCCAGGAAUAGGUAAAAUAUUUACAUUAACUUUAACUACUCAAUUUACUAUACCAUUUUAUAGAGAUUAUUUAAUGUCUUUAGGAAUAUCAAGUGCUUCUGCUAAAAAUAUUAAAAGUUUAAUUAGUAAUGGUGAUAAUUCUGUUUGUUUAGUUAUUGGAGGUGCUCAUGAAGCAUUAUUGAAUUCAUCAGUUGGUAAGAAUUCAAGAGUUGGUUAUGGAUAUAAAAAAGAUGAUUCAAAUCCUGAAGAAGAACAACCAAUAUCAUCAUCUGAUCUGGAAUCAGAUAGUGAUAGAUUCGAAGGUAUACCAGCAAAAGAGUCCCCAAAAAAGGAAGUUAGAUUAGUUUUAAAUAAUAGAAAAGGUUUUAUAAAAUUAGCUAUAGAAUUAGGUAAUGUUAAUUUAGUACCAUUAUUUGCAUUUGGAGAAGCAGAUGUAUAUAAAUUAAAUUUCCCAAAACCAGGAUCAUUUGGUGCAAAUUUUCAACAAUGGAUGAAAAAAAAUUUUAAAUUUACUAUACCAUUUUUCAGUGCUAGAGGAGUAUUUAUUUAUGAUUUUGGUUUUUUACCUUUUAGAAAUCCUAUAAAUAUUGUUGUGGGGAAACCAAUUCAUGUACCAGAAGGUUGUUUACAAGAAUAUAAAUUAAAACAUCCUGAAGAAUUUGAAGAUGCUUCUAAAAUUGAAGAAAAACCACCAAUGAAAAAGACAAAUUCAUUUACUGAUUUUAUAAAAUUAUCAAAAUCAAAAGAAAAACCAUCAGAGGUGAAAGGUAAUGGUACUGCUGCUAAUUCAAGUCAACAUAAAAGAAGUUCGGUACGUACUAAAAUUCCUCAAGAGUUAUUAGAUAAAUACCACAAAUUAUAUGUUGAUGAGUUAAAAAGAGUUUAUGAAGAAAAUAAAGAAAAAUUUGGUUAUGGUGAUGUUGAGUUAAAAAUUAUUGAUUAG